CUGUCGCCCUGUUCUCCACUGCAGAUCACCUUCUACGAGGACCGCGGCUUCCAGGGCCGCUGCUACGAGUGCAGCAGCGACUGCCCCAACCUGCAGCCCUACUUCAGCCGCUGCAACUCCAUCCGCGUGGACAGCGGCUGCUGGAUGCUCUAUGAGCGGCCCAGCUACCAGGGCCACCAGUACUUCGUGCGGCGCGGCGACUACCCCGACUACCAGCAGUGGAUGGGCCUCAGCGACUCGGUCCGCUCCUGCCGCCUCAUCCCGCACCACUCUGGCACUCACAGAAUGAGGAUCUAUGAGAGAGAUGACUUCAGAGGACAAAUGUCGGAGAUCACAGAUGACUGCCUCUCUCUUCAGGACCGCUUCCACCUCAGUGAAAUCCACUCCCUUCAUGUGCUGGAGGGCUGCUGGGUCCUCUAUGAGAUGCCCAGCUAUAGGGGGCGGCAGUACCUGCUGAGGCCGGGGGACUAUAGGCAGUACCAAGACUGGGGGGCCGUGGAUGCCCGAGUUGGUUCUUUCAGACGAGUGAUGGAUUUUUACUGAAGUAUUUACAUCCUCCACUUUUCUCCUGUAGAAUCUAAUAAAAUAUUUAGCUGUGUUUCUGGCACUAAUAGAA